GCGAGCGAACGGUCGUUGGCCGCCGUGGGUGCUUCUCUCUCGGGACCGACCAUGGCGGAGGGGCUGGAGCUGGGCAAAGACCCCAACGGGCCUUCGCACUCGCCGACUCUGUUCGUGAACGCGGACGGCUCGUCCAUGUCCUUCUACGUGCGGCCCAGCCCGGCCAAGCGGCGCCUGUCGACGCUCAUCCUGCACGGCGGCGGCACCGUGUGCCGGGUGCAGGAGCCGGGCGCCGUGCUGCUGGCGCAGCCGGGCGAGGCGGCGGCCGAGGCGGCGGGCGACUUCAUCUCCACGCAGUACAUCCUGGACUGCGUGGAGCGCAACGAGAAGCUGGAGCUGGAGGCCUACCGCCUGCGCGCCGCGGCCGGCCCCGACGCCGCCCAGGCCGAGCCCGCGCCCGCGCCCGCGCCCGCGCCCGCGCUCACGGGCCGCCUGGCCUUCUCGGACGCCGACGACGUGGCCAUCCUGACGUACGUGAAGGAGAACUCGCGCUCGCCGGGCGCGGCCACGGGCACGGCGCUCUGGAAGGCCAUGGAGAAGAGCGCGCUGACGGCGCACCCGUGGCAGGCGCUGCGCGACCGCUACCUCAAGCACCUGCGCGGCCACGAGCACAAGUACCUGCUGGGCGACGCGCCCGUCAGCCCCGCCACGCAGAAGCUCAAGCGCAAGGCCGAGCAGGACCCCGAGGCGGCCGACAGCGGGGAACCACAGAACAAGAGAACUCCAGACUUGCCAGAAGAGGAAUUUAUUGCAAAGAAAGACAUCAAGGAGAAUGAAGAAGCAGUCAAAAAGAUGCUUGUGGAAGCCACCAGGGAGUUUGAGGACAUAGUGGUGGAGGAGAGUCCUGAUUUUGAAAUACACAUAACAAUGUGUGAUGAUGAUCCUCCUGAAGAAGACUCGGAAACACAGCCAGAGGAGGAGGAGGAGGAGGAAGAAGAAAAGGUUUCUCCCCCUGAGGUGGGGGCUGCUAUUAAGAUCAUCCGGCAGUUAAUGGAAAAGUUUAAUUUGGACCUGUCAACAGUUACACAGGCUUUCCUGAAAAAUAGUGGCGAGCUGGAGGCUACCUCCUCUUUUUUAGAGUCUGGUCAGAGGGCUGAUGGGUAUCCCAUUUGGUCCCGACAGGAUGACUUAGAUUUACAAAAAGAUGAUGAGGUUACUCGAAAUGCAUUGGUCAAAAAAUUCGGUCCUCAUAAUGUAGCUCGGAGAAUUGAAUUCCGAAAGAAAUAAUUCGUAAUACUGUGAGUAAAGGAAAAUGUGUGGCAGAUGAGGCAAUGAAAAAGAUUUCCGUGGCUAUUGAACUUUUAGAGGGUGUUUUUUUUGUGUGUGUAUGUGAUGGUUAUCAAACUCAGGGCCUCACAUGCGCAAAGCGUGUAACUUUACCACUGAGCCACAUCCCUGCCCAAACUUCAGAGAUUCUUGUUUUGGAGCUGACCCUUGUCUUUUGGCCAGUGCUGUCAUUGCUGUAGAAAGGUUAGGUUUUGUACCCAAGCAGAACUGUAUAGCAAGGUAACAAAGGAAAUUGAUACACUUGGAGCUCUCUCUACCAGUAUUAGUUGUGUUUGUGAAUGGAUAAAUCUAAGCCAGAGAUUGGUUUACACAGUAGUAAGCCUUUUCUGGAAUGGAACCUCUCUUGAUGACAAGAACUAGUGACAAAGUCAAAAGAGGAAAAUUAGGAAGAUAGAUCUUUUUUUACAUGAAUAAAGACUCUUGAGGUUUGCAGAAGCUUCUCUAGGUUGUAAUGGUUUCCAAAUUAAGAAUUUGGGAAUAGGGAAAGUUAACAAAAUCUUGAGUACUCUCAAAUCCCAGUGAGCUUUGCUUUGAAAAGUCCUUAUUCCUUUUGCUAUAAUAUUUGGGGACCCUGCUUCUUGACUGUUAUUUUCUUGGAGUAUUUGUCUGUUUGUUCUGUAAUACAUGUUUCUCUGUAGUUGUGCAAAUCACACAAAACUUUAGAAUGUCUCAAGAAUAGCCUGACUUGGUUAGUAGUAAUGCACUCUUAUUUAUUGAGGGUAGUUUUGUGCUAAGGACUGUGCUAGACUUAAAAAACUAAUGCAUUAGUUCUUCAUUGUAUUGUUUCAUUCCUGCAAAUAAAAUUUUGUAUUCAAGUCUUCAA